GGUUGUUGUCGCUGUGGACAUUUUUGGAGAACGAAAGUUUUCGAUGCAGAUUAGGCAAACUGCUCUCAAACCGCUACCCAAAAAAGGAAUCAUGAGAGAUGAGUUUCUGAAUAUCUCGUCUCCAUAUCACCCAGUCGUCGUAUCAUUUACCGUCGGUACAAACAAAAUCUCCGCAUGAGUCAGCAACCCCACCCUAUACCGUCCUGCAUAUCAACUUCACAUCUUCCCCUGCAAUGUGAUAUCUGCAAAGUAAUAUAUCCAGGAAAAAUGUCUCAGCCCAACACAGACAUUCAAAACCAUGCAGUUCGUGGUAGGUCUACUGACGAUGUAAUCAGUGGAGCGAAUGUUCACCGAGACGGCUAUAGCGAAAAUACAGAACCUUCCACAAACCCAAAGAGCAUCCAGACAGCCAUCAGCGAUUCAAGUAAUACCCCCAAACAAGCCGUUCUGCCAAUUACCCAUUUCACGGAACCUACAACUACAUACUGGCAAACCAUUCUCCCAUCCAAUCACACCCCGCAGAACCCACCCUAUAAAUACGGUUUCCCCGCCAAAUUACCCGACUCGCGUUUCCUGGUUCUCCCAAUCCGACCCUUGAAAGACAAUCCCAAGCAUGCGGUUGCCUCGCUUCUGGUAAACCAAGCUUCGAUAGAAGUAGUCGAUGUACUUUCCGAUUUCCUUGCCGAUCUCGUGCGUCGUUUCGAGCCUGAUGUUAUUAUUGGACUUCCUACUUUGGGUCUGAGUCUAGCUCCGCUUGUUGCUAGGAAUCUGGGUUUAAAAAGAUAUAUACCCCUAGGAUACUCCCGCAAAUUUUGGUACGACGAAGCUCUCUCCGCCUCAGUAUCAUCUAUCACGUCUCCAGAACUGGGGUUGAAGAAGGUAUAUCUGGAUCCGCAUCAAUUACCUUUGGUUCUAGGAAAACGAUGCGUUAUUAUUGAUGAUGCAGUUAGUUCUGGUGCAACUUUGAAGACGACUUGGGAUUUGUUGGAGAAGAUUGGUUGUGAUAUUGUGGCUUGUGGGGCGGUGAUGAAACAAGGGAAUAAAUGGGAACAGAAAAUUGGGCAAGAGAGAGUAGAUAGAUUGGUUUACGUGUUUGAAAGUCCUCUCCUGGAGGCUGUUGAUGGGGGAUGGGCAUUAAGGUCAUGAAGCUCGUUCUAAGGAAGAAAAAACUGCCAAAUCUAUCAAUUUUCUUCUUCCGAUUUUCGAGUAUACUCAAUCAGCCUGUCGCUUUGCUUUUCCAUAACUAGGAUUUAGAUCUAUAAUUGCCAGACCUUGUAUGCCAAGCGGUCAGACAAUUGGAGAGGAAGACUCCAUCGUAUUCUUGACACCUUAAUGCAAACAAUUACGCCACUCUUACA